AUGGGUUGCACUUGUUGGAGGGGAUCGCUAUCGAGAAUUCUUGACCACGCGAGCCCCUUCCAUGAGCCCCGAGAAGUAGGCUCUAAAACUGCUGCAUCUACUUCGAGUACUAACCAUGGCGUUAUGUUGCCUGGUAGCAUCCUUGCUGGCAUGGGUAGUAGUCAAGGCAGCUUAUGGGCGAGCUAUGCCUGGGGGUGAAGACAUCAAACGACAGUGUCGGAGGAGGAGGUACUUGGCGGGCUGGGUCCUACAACAUGGCGCUCUCUGGAGGUGGUAGGAGAAGGUGGUCUAAGAAUAGAUCAAAAGCAGACGAUGGC